AUGUACACGCGCCGGCAAGAAUGUCCUAUUUUGAAAGUACGUACUUCGUUCUUGCGUUCGCUUCUGUCUUUUAACACAUAUAAACACGACGCUCUCUCACUAAACAUUCCUACUAUUUACGGUCACUAUGCCAAUGUGCGUACGAUGAUUACUUUCAUCAUUAACUACACAACUAUCGGACUCGUUCUUGCUCUUGUCGCAAUUAUUUACAUCAAACUGAUUCGUCCACAAAGACAACUUUAUGAUGUCUUUCGAGCUCAAGGAAUUCCUGGUGAACCGUUUAUUCCAUUUGUUGGUCAAUUACUAGACAUGAUUAAGGCGAACAAAGCGGGAAAAGGACUAGAUUACUUCAAUGAACUUGCUCAAAAGCACGGCUAUUGCUACUUGUUUGGCUUCGGUCCGUUAACACGAAUUUUGCUUGCAGAACCUGAAAUCAUAAGCGAUGUUCUAAGUCGUGAGAAUGGUCCGAACUAUCAAAAGCCGGCUGAUCUAACUAAUAUUGUCAAGCCGUUCAUUGGUACGCACAAUCUGUUAGUUAGCGAAGGGCAAGAACAUGAUCGUGCACGUAAAAUGCUUAAUCCUGCCUUCCAUUUUGUCAAUCUACGAUCAAUGGUUUCAAUUAUGUCGGACGAAACGACGAAAGCUAUUGAUUCUCUUCUUUUAGAAUCUUUGUCUAAGAAUCAAGUUGAUCUGGAAAUUCAACUAAGUGGUCUAACUCUCUCCAUUAUCGCGUCGAGUGCUUUUGGUGAGAAUUUGGAAACAGCAUCGCAGGCGAAGCAGAUUAUAUGUCAAACACUUCAAGAAUUAAAGGAAAUAGUCGAGUAUCGAACAUUACGAAUGAUCAGUCAAAUUAGAUUUCUAGCCGAGCUGCCAUUUUGGGGCAAGAAGAUUCUCGAUAGCGGAGGAAAACAAGUUAGCCACUUUGUUGAUCAAGUCAUUGCUAAUCGACGAAAGGGUAAAACAAGCAGUUUGCGUGCAGGCCAAGAUAUUCUUGAUCUUUUACUGUCGGCGGUCGACGAACACGGAGAACCUUUCACCGACGAACAAAUAAAGGAGGAAGCGCUCACUUUUGUACUUGCUGGCCAUGAAACGACGGGAAAUUUAAUCACAUGGGCUGUUUACAUGAUAAUGGUUCACGAUGAAGCGUUUCAAGCAUGUCGUGAAGAAGUUGAUCGCAUCCUGCCUAAUGGAACAACGCCUACUUUUGAACACAUGGGUGAACUUCAUGUGAUUGAAGCUGUUCUGUAUGAAACUCUUCGUCUGUAUCCACCAGCUCCCUUCUUCGUUCGUCGAUGUGUGAAAGGGCACACGAUCGGUACGAAUAGUAAUAAACUUGGCAUUCACGUCCCGGUGGAUUCCAUGAUUGUCAUUCACAAUUAUGUGUUGCAUCGACGCGAAGAUUACUGGCCAAAUGCAUACAAAUUCGAUUAUACGCGAUGGCUACGCAAUCCAGCCACCGGAUUAAAACCCAAAAUGUCACACCCAUAUGCCUAUCUUCCUUUUGCUGCAGGUCCACGAAACUGUAUUGGUCAGAACUUUGCCAUACUUGAAGCUAAAGUCAUGCUUGCGAUGCUUGUGCAACGUUGCAAUUUUGAACUCAUACCAGGACAACAGGUUGUACCUGAAAUGAAAGGUGUAACCAUAAAAGCUAAAAAUGGAAUCUUUGCACGUGUGACAAAGCGAGAUUAG